AUGCUCUUCAACUGCCGCGCUAAACCACAGCCGCCUCCUCCACCUGCCGCUUCCCCGCCGGAGCCGCGAUUCCGGUGCAUGUAUCCAAACUGCACUCGUAAAGCAGUCAAGUGCGAGCAGAAGGCCAAGGGCCACCAUGCGAUGCAGUCGCUCUACUGCAAAGACCACGCAUGCCGCCAGCGCCUCGACGACAUGAUGUGCCCGAGCCCGAAGGAAUCCAGCAUGGCCAAGUACUGCAACGACCACCGCCGAUGUCAGUCUGAGGGCUGCUCCCAAAAUCGCCUCCUGGCAGAGGUCAACUCCGACUGGCCCUACUGUGAGAAGCACACCUGCACCUCCAACGGCUGCCGCCAGAAAUGCUCUGCCACCUCCAAGAUGUGCGCCUCCCACACGCCGCUGUGCCUCAUCCCCGGCUGCGACACGCCGCGCACCGAUCAUGGCCUCUACUGCCCCUGCCACAGCUGCUCCGACGCCGACUGCACCGCCGUCAUCAACGGCGGCCACUGGUGCAAGCAGCACCGGCUCUGCAAGACGGACGGCUGCGAGCAGGGCAGGGCCGUCACCGCGGGCGGACGGUUCGAGGACUUCUGCUGGAACCAUCUUCCCAAGGCUUGUCUCGCAGCAGGUUGCAAAGCCAUCAUCAGCGGCAGCGUGCGCUUCUGUCCCCAGCAUGAGUGCAUGUACACUCCCUGCCACGAGUCCAAAGACAACGUCCACGACCAAUCCCGCCUCUACUGCGCAAGCCAUACAUGCCAUCAGACUUCCUGCCCGCAACCAACCUCAAACCCCUCCUCCCCUUCCCUCGCGCGGUACUGCAUCACGCACACCUGCGCCUCGCCCUCCUGCUACCACCCCUCCAAGCCAUCCUCCCGACACUGCGCGCUCCACGCCUGCCUGUCCCCCUCCUGCCCGGCCCCGCGCACCGCAGACCCUCUCUCUGUCCCAGCCGCGCAGUUCUGCUCUUCUCACGAGUGCAUCGCCCGCUCCUGCUACGAGGCCGCGGGCAUGAACGACAGCGGCUACUGCGAUGCCGCGCACGCGUGCGCCUCCCCGGGAUGUCCCGUCCCGCGCGGCCCCGACGGCGGGUGCUGCGUGAUGCACGCGGCGAUCAUGGCCCGCCCGGCGCCGCCGCUGUCGAGCACCGGCGCGACGGUCGGCGUCGGCGGCAGGGAGCGGGAGCGGGAGGGGAAGUACUACAGCCACAUGGAGGAGACGCUGGGCCAGCGGCUGCGGGCUGAGAGGGAGCGGCACGUGGCGGAGAUGCGGCUGCAGGAGGGCGCGUGGCAGGCGGCUGGGUUCGAGAGGCGGCGGGGACGGAGGGAGAGGGUGAGGAGCUGCGAUAGCGGUUAA